GCGGAUCAGUUUUGGGCAUGAUCCACCGCUUGUCGUUGGUUCAUCGAUGUGAGGCUCACAGUGUCGUUUUGCUACGACUUUCCCGCUUGCUAUUGACUUUUCCAAAUCUUCGAUUGCGACCUUUUUGCUCUGAGGGAGCGAUUGUUGGUCAAGCAGCUCAGUUUUUCCUCCAAUAUUCACGGAAUAGUCGAUCUUCAAACAGUGAACCGCUCGAUGUGCGUCGAUCCCGGCUUGUAUACCAAAGCCGAAAGCGAGGUAGCCUUGAAAAUUGUAUUCUUCUAAGUACAUUCGCUGAUGAAUAUCUAGACAUGCUAUCUCCCGAAGAGUUGGCUGCUUAUGACGCUUUAAUAAACUCACCGGACAACGAAUGGGACAUUUACCAUUGGGCUACAGGUGCUAAAGAAGCUCCGGAGGCUUUCCAUUCAGACGUGCUCGAUUUGCUCAAAGCACAUGUGCAGAACAAACGCUGUGAGCUAAGAAACCAGCAACCCCCGUUGAAAUUUCGGCCAUCCUAGUAGGAAUUCUGCUGCAACACACCUGGUCUCAUUCAUGACAGCUUUUCGAAAAGGUUUUCGCUCUACAUUCACUUUGUUUAUCUUUCAUUUAUUCUUCCAUACAAAAUCCGCUCCCUGUUACGGCUUUCUUGGUUCUGAUUCUGGUUGAGUUAACCGUUGCCCCGUAAAUUCUUUCAUUGCAGUGGUCACAUCAGUUGCAAACUUCCAAUUUUUGCCAUCAAUCGUAGCGGGUGUGAUCAUCAUAAGAACGCUGCAUGGCGGACUUCCUCCCAUUCUUCUUUUUCGGCAACAUCGCAUUGAAAUACCUUCCAUCUAAUGGUGACCUGGAUCUUUCCCUCUCAGUUUAUUUUAUCGCUUUUCACAUAGUUGUUGAGACGUUAUUCCUACGGGUGCGGAAUGUCUUCCCCCCUCUUCCAAGUCACUUGUCAACAUUUUGAUGACACGUGUGGUAUGCUCGCGAUUCCACUCUGUCUGUAAUCCAAAGUUUAACCUCAGGCAUGCGUCUACUACACUGAUGGUUGUCCCGACUGUACACUCGAUCCAUUCGCGUAAGUCAACACAGUAGACA